GCAGGCGGGGCGGACCCGAGCCAGUGGCUGAGGGAAGCUCUUCAAAUGGCCUCAGAAGGGCAAAGUGAGGAUACAGAGCAUCCAUCUGAGCCUCCUGCAGCUCCUGUUCAGAGUAACAGAACAUUUCAAUGGGCAGCCAUACUUGCUGCAGUGAAAGAUCAGCUCCCAUCUCUGGACUCUGACACCUCCACAUCUGAUUGUGAGAGCGAUGGGGAACUUUUCAUCUUCCAGCGGACACAGCCAAACUUAAUUCCCGAUCUGUCAGAAGAACUGAUGGAGUUUUCCCUGGAAGACUUGAACAUGCAGCAAACCCAGGAAACUCAAAGAUGCCCCUGGGAGAUCUGGAAUGAAGAUCUGGAAAGUUUUGGUGUUCAGAAAAAACCAGAUGGUGCCCAAGUCAUUGCAAAAGAAGCUGUACAAAUGAUUAAAGAUGAUACUCCCAACCUUGCCAGCCAUACUGAAGACAUUCCAAGCCAAAAGGGAGCUGUUCUUGAAGAGUCCCUUGGAGAUUCCACAGAUCACCUUGAAGAGAAAGAACUGGGCAGGAUGCAGGCCAGGGAAAGAGGGAAGUCCUGGCUUAAUACAGCAUUUUAUGUGGAAGAGCUGAACAGUCAAAAAGAGAGAAGCAAGCUGAUAGAGACAAAGAUGCUCUCCAAAAUAAUUCUGGAGCUGCCACCAGGCCACCCAGAGCUACAUAUCAAGCCUCCCUCACAUGGUGCUAGCAACAGUCUAGAAAAAAUUUCUGGGGAAGAAACCUCCUCAGAUUAUAAUCUUCAAGAUCUAACCCAUUUCUCAUUGCAGAAUAUUGAGAAAUGUGAUCUAGACGAGAUUCUUGAGGAGCUGGAGGAGCAGAAAGAUAACACUCAUGCAGAAGUUGCUUUUUCCUCGGCAGAUCAUGAGACCUUCAGGGGUAGGUCUGAAAAUCAGCUCAUGGAAAAGCUAGAAGAGCUGAGUGCCAGGCAGUCCAGGACAGUAUCUCCACACUGCAGAUGGCCAUCAGCCAAGCUCUUCUCCUUUCAAGAACAGCAAGAGAAUAAGAAGGAUGUUGCCAUCCUAUCAUCUUCACGAAGUUCUCUAAUGAUGGACGUGAUGAGAUUACAGUGCCUGCCAGAGCCUGUAACUGCGUACAUAGACUUAAGAGAUGCUAAACCACAGAAGUCAGUAACAUCCCCUGAUGAGAAACAAAGUGCAAGCGACAGCUCCGAUGAAGAAGAGGAGAAAAUGACAAUUAAGAUCCAAGCAGAAGGGAGAAUGAGGAAUUGCUCAGGGAAAAGCCUGCUACUGCAGCAACUCCAUAGAGCCCGGAAAGAAGCCUCAGAGCUUCUUCAUAAAACGUCUACCCCAGCUGAAAAACUUGAAGGCAUAAAACAGGAUCCAGAAAGUCUGGAAGAGAUAGGCUCCUCUGAAAUAAGUCAAACCCCUGAUUUUAAAGUGAGGCAAAAGACAAAUAAGGUGAUUCCCAGGAAACUGAUGAGAUUGAAACCAGAGAAAAGAAAUACCCCCUUGUCAAGCUGUGGGGACAAUGGAGCUGACAUAGAAAAAGAAAACAGCAUGGAAGUUGAGAAGGUUCAACAUUCAGAAAAUGCUCCAGAGCCUCCUCUAAUUACUACUGAAUUUCCAAGGACAGAAGAAAGUAAAAGAGAGCUAUCCCAAAAGGAACAACAGAUGAAGGAGAGAUGCAGGAGACACAGAUUCCAGGAGCACCUGGAGAGAUUGCAACCUCAGCAGUCAGUAACUGGAAAGCAGCCCAUGGCAGAGAAAACCCCUGUUUUGUUCCACAUGGAAGCCUCUUAUUUGUCAGAUAUUGACACAUUGCCAGACCACAUGAUAUGCAAUGAGGUGCUGCUUGUGACCAUUGAGCUGUCAAGUUGUGGCCAAGUAGCUAUAGUUCUGUGUGAUGGUCAGGUAGCUAACACGGUGCCGAGAGCAGCCAACACCUACCAGCCCCUCAUGAUGUGGCUUCUCUCUCUGACUGAAAAAGUUCUACAAGGAACAGCCAUCUUUUACCAGAAGAUUUCUGCAUUUCUAGCCUAUACACGGCUUCCAGAAGUUAUCUGGUGGAGGGCAGAACUGGUCAAUCACUUCCAAAACCAGCUGUGUUCACUUCUUCCUGAAAUUCCCUCUGCCCUGCUCAGCUACAUCACUGCUGUUAAUCCUGAUCCUCAGGCAGUAGAGAAGGUGUUUGCGGUCCCAAAUGGAUUUUACUGGCAGACAGCUGAAACUGAUUAAAAAUACUUCCCUACUAGCAGCGACGUUGAGGCUUGCAGUGAUACAGACACUGAGGUUGCCAUGGUAUUGCUGUUUGAAACUCUCUUCCAAAGUCCCCUAGCUACCCACCACAUGUUGCAGCUGGUACUCAGUUCUGGUCUGGAUAUCUCUGGACUCCGCCUGCGCUAUCCUCAGCAGGAUGUGCUGCGCUCUAGCUCAGAAAAACUGCCUUCUUCCUAUACUUCAAAGACUGGCAAGGUUCCACCAGUGCUGGCAUUGGGCCUGAGGGGGCCUAAAGCAUGUUGCACCUUGCAGUGUUACAUUGGGCCAUCUGAUCCGCAGCUGGUGAGCGUGACAGACUGCAGUUCCAUCAAUGCCAUCUACCACAGGAGCCAAGUGGAACCUCACAUCUACCUGCCUCACCUGGACAACCGUGUGCACAGGGAGCUGUGUCUCUAGUUUGGAGGGAGGGCUGCUGACACAGCCCUGAGUGCUAGUGUCCUGGAUCCAGCUUUCCUAUGCAACAACAGAGCAAGCUCCCAGAGUCCUUAAUCAAGUAGGGCAGAAGCAGAUGAAGAAAAGGUUGAUCUCCAGGGCAUGGUGCUGUCUCGACCUCUGGAGAUGCUUGUCUCAACUACCAAAGGGGACAUAAUUUUGGUGGUGUCACCUGUGGUAUCUCCUCACGCGUAUGGUAAAGUGAUUUCAGUCUGUACUCAUUGGGGUUUCAGUCUGCAAUGAAUCAGACAGCUGCAGCUUUCACCCAAGCAAGCCGUUGUGCUGAACAGGCCAACAAGUCAGAUUGCUGUAUUUUGCCCAAGCAAGAUUUCAAGUUUACCUGAUACCAGUUCUACAAGAGGAGAGCUCUCUGCUGAACCACGCAUGCACUGUCUCAUUUUGUUGCUGAGAAAGGAGAAUUCUAGACAUCGUAUUCCUGCAUUGGUAAAAGGACUAAUGAAUGAACUGGCAAAGCAGGGCUUUCUUGCAAACAGGCAGAGCAACCUGCCUGCCACUGCUGGGCUGGACCCCUCAUGUUUUCACGUGGUUCCUUACACCAAGACCUUGCUGCAGGCACUGGGAUGAAACCUUUGUGCAGUGCCAGACCCCUGUAACAUUCCUCUGGAUUUUUUCUGCAAUCGAACAUAUGCUUCUGAUCCUGAAAUGGAGUAGGUUGGCAUGCUGACACUGGUCAGAGUGGAUACUAUGAAGAGUGCUGGAGAGCUCCUUCACCAGAUUCUUCUUCCUCGGCACAAUAAUCAGUCUCAGAGCGCAGAAGAACCGGAUUUGGGAUUUGAACUUCUAGGUCUCAAGUGGCUGCCCCAUCUCAGUGCCAGGCCAGAGAAUAACCCUUUUUGGGCUGGAGAUACUUCCUGGCAAAGAAGCCUUGAUACACUAAUGUCAAACCCAGUCCUUGCCUGUGCAUUACAGCGAAUCAAUGCCUUCAGAGUUCUUGCAGAUGCAUUGAAAUUAACCCAAUGCAGGGAGAAGCUAAGCAAAAGUGGCAGUCUUCUACAGGCAGUAACGGCCUUGACCCCAGAGGUGACAAUCAGACAAGCCAUCCUCUUCACAGAGACUGGUAAGAUCUCUCUGCUGGACUUGCUCAAGCAGUUCCCUGUCCUUCUUAAACUGGGGGGCAUAAAACUGGACAGACCUGGAGAUGACUGCUCCAUCACCUCUCCAGGGAUGGAGCAAUCCUUCUCAACUGAUGAUGCAGAACACUGCCCUGCUCUGAAAUUCCUGCCACCACCUGGCAAGAGGUCCAGGGCUGAAGUGGGAGAGAGCCAGAGAUGCCAUGCGGAAUUGCUGUUCACCUGCUUGCAAACAGGAGCACGGAUUCUUUGCACAGUGCUGCUGAUCAAACCUGGUGCCUGGAGGCAUAGUCUUGCAAGGAUCCUUUGAAAACUAGACCUGGAAAAAUUCAUUGUGGUUGGAAUGAAACAGAUAAACCUGGAGCCAGACAUUGCCUUAGGACUCCUUUCUUCUGAAGUGAAACAGAAUCCUGCUGUUUUAGAAGCUCAUUGUACCUGCCUUACCUCAGGCACUGCUCUCGUGCUGUGUCUUCAGAGGCCAAAGGCCAUAAAGAAGCUGAUAGAUUUACUGGGGCCAGAGGAUCCUAAACUACCCCGAGCACUAGAUCCGUUCCUCUGGAGGGCUCAGUAUGGCAUCAGCACAGUCCAAAAUGGAUUUUAUGGCUCCAAAUCCUAUCAAAUAGCUGUCCGCGAUAUGAAGUUGUUUUUCCCAGAAGGGCUGUGCUGCACUCAGUGUCAGACAUUAGAGGAGGAAGAGAUCUAUAACCUAAAAUGUGACCCCAUAGACAGUUUGGAAAUCAACAAGCAGCGCAAGAGCAUAAAACUUGAAAUGGGAGGGCAACGGAAUUUUCUGGGCUCUGAGCAACCAUGCCACCUUGAUCGGCCAUUGCUUGAUAACUUCUGCCAAACCACUUGCUUGAUAUUGCCUGGGAUAAUUCUUAAGGGUUCAGAGUACCCACCUUAUGUCAAACUGCUUGAUCAGCUUAUUGGCAAAGAUUUCACAGUGACUGGAGUAUGCCUCACUGUCCUGGAUGCACCACAAGCUCACUGCAUCUCUGAGGUGCUAAGCAGGGCAAAGUGCAGUGUUACAGCAAAGUGUACCCUCUUAAUGCAUGGUUUGUGUCUGGUGCUAGCAGCACAGUGAGACAAUGCAGUCAUUUGUUUCGACUCCCUGCUAGACAGUGUCUGUUGGCAGAAGCAGUCAGUCCUGGACACUGCAUGGCAUCUCCUUUAUCCCCCAAAUGAGAAACAGGCUGAAGAGCUGCUCUGUUGCCUUUUUGACUCCCUGACAUCUGAGAGCAUCCACUGAAUUGAAUCCCAGGACUGCUAACCAAGACGGUCAAGGCCCCCAAGCAACCCAUGCAUGGAUGCCACUGCGGGUAUCUGUGCAGAUGGACGCACAGGGGACUCCCAGCUUCUACAAGCACUGACAUUUGUCAUUAAAACAUAAAGUCUGAAGGUAUGGCAUUAGCCUCAGUAAGAUAAAUGAGUGGUGGGAGGAAGGGUCAGUGCCCAAGAACAAAUCUGAACUGUAGAUGUGAUUUCUAGUGGAGUACAUUCAGAGACAAUCUGCUUGCAUUCAUGGAGCAAGGUUUGGCUGGGAAAAACUCAGGAUGUAAAGUAAAUAGGGGCCGGGGUUCACUGCUGUCUUUCUCUCAGGUGCCUGGGGACUCCACCUUCCCCAGGCCCCAAAGACAUUAUGGAGAGACUCCAUUUUCUGCUGCUACUGUGUUUUUUCAACCAAAGGCAAAACCACAGUAAGUCUGAGAGAAGAUUGGAUCUCUGGAGAGUUCAGUACACCCAA